UAGCUGAUUGGCAGCCCUUCGUGUUGUUCAUCCUCUCUUUUUGCAACUCUUCGUUUUGUGAUCACGCAGAAGAACAACACAUUGUUAUGGAUUCUGAUUCAGUAGUCCCAAAGACCGUUUGUGUCACUGGGGCUGCUGGCUUCAUCGGUUCCUGGCUUGUCAUGGGACUACUCCAACGUGGCUAUACUGUUCGAGCCGCCUUGCGUGACCCUGAUAACAUCAAGAAAGUAGAGCAUUUGCUAGAUUUGCCUAACGCCGACACACACUUGACUCUGUGGAAGGCAGACCUUACCCAGGAGGGAAGCUUCGACAAUGCCAUCAAUGGCUGCAUUGGAGUUUUCCAUGUGGCUACACCUUUCAAUCUUGAAACCAAGGACCCUGAGAAUGAAAUGAUAAAACCAACAAUCAAUGGUUUAUUGGACAUUAUGAAAGCAUGCGUGAAGGCCAGAACAGUGAGAAGAUUGGUGUACACAUCUUCUGCUGGAACUCUUAGUGCCACGGAGCACCUGAAACCUGUGAUUGAUGAGACUUGCUGGAGUGACGUUGAGUUCUGUCUUAAAGCAAAGAUGACUGGCUGGGUUAGUGCAUUUUUCUGUCUUUUUCCCUAUUUUGUUUCAAAGACAUUGGCAGAGCAAGAGGCAUGGAAAUUUGCCAAAGAGCAUAACAUGGAUUUCAUCAGUGUAAUUCCUCCUCACGCGCUUGGCCCUUUUCUCAUGAAUUCAAUGCCUCCCAGUUUUUUCACCUCUCUUUCCCUCAUCACAGGGGAUGAAGACCGUUAUUCAAUCCUAAAGAAAGGCCACUUUGUUCAUUUAGAUGAUCUUUGUAUGUGUCACAUAUUCUUGUUUGAGCAUCCUCAAGCAGAAGGAAGAUACAUAUGCUCCUCCCAUGAGGCCACAAUUCAUGAAAUUGCCAAGUUGCUCAGUCAAAAAUACCCAGAGUACAGUGUCCCCACCAAGUUUAGGAAUAUUCCAGAGGACUCAGAGAUAUCGCACUUUUCUACUAAGAAGAUAAAAGAUCUAGGAUUUCAGUUUAAGUAUAGCUUAGAGGACAUGUUCACGGCAGCUAUUGAUACUUGCAGAGAAAAAGGGCUUCUUCCCAAGUCUGCAAAAACCCUCGCUUACGGCACAAUUAGUACAUGAAAGUUCAUGUGAGUUGGUUUUUGAAAACUCACUAAUAUCAAGGCAAGCUUCAAGGUUUUGAGAAUAUUCAUUAAGGCAUUUAGUGAGAUUAUCAUGUCAACAAUAAGAUUUGAAUCUACCUCUUUUUGACGAUAUGGAUUGUAUCUUUAUCAACUAGCUAGACUAAUGUAUGUUUGCAGGUUUCAAUAUUAUAUUCUAAAAUUAUGGCCUAGGAGAUGAAGCGUGUCUAUGAGGUUUCAUGUGUUUUAAGUGUUUGGUUCGUUUUAUGAUUAUUUUUCCCCAUUUUGGGACUGUUUUAUUUUAAUAUACUGAAAGUGUGUUGGGUUACCUGUUGAAAAUCA